ACAAAUCUCAUUUCCACCAUCUCGAGAUCCACCAGGGAUGAAUGAACUCAAUCGUGGACUAUGAACACAAGCAUGUCAACUUUUUCGCAGCUUUAUUUUAUUUUGGAGAGUUUGUCUUAAUGGGCCCGAACGCACGCGGAUUCCUUCGGUGGCGAGCUUUGUGAGGGGCUCGCGUCAAACGGAUCUCGGUUAGAAUCCCCCGCAGGAUGCACGCGUGCAAAGCUUUGCUGUGCGCCCUGCUGCUGCUGCGCUGCGCCACGCUCGGCUCGCCGCUGUCCACGUGCGCCACCGUGGACGCGGACCACGUCAAGCGGAAGCGCGUGGAGGCCAUCCGCGGCCAGAUCCUCAGCAAGCUGCGGCUGAGCGGCCCCCCGCGCGCGCAGGGCCCCGCCGAGGCGCCCCGGCAGGUGCGGGCUCUGUACAACAGCACCCGGGAGCUGCUGGAGGAGCUCGGCCGCCGCCGGCGGGAGGUGUGCGGCGCCGACGGUACCGAGAGCGAGUACUACGCCAAGGAGGUCUACAAGUUCAACGUGCUGCACGGGCCCACCGAGAGCAACGACCUGCCGUACUGCCCGAAAGGCCUCACCUCCAAGGUGUUCCGCUUCAAUGUCUCCGCCAUGGAGAGGAACGCCACCAACCUCUUCAGGGCCGAGUUCCGAGCCCUGCGGGUUCCCAACGUCGGCGCCAGGCGCAACGAACAGCGAGUUGAACUCUAUCAGAUCGUGCGGCCCAACGAGCACAUCAGGAAGCAACGCUACGUCAGCGCCAAGAACGUGCUGACCAAAGGCACGAACGAAUGGGUCUCCUUCGACGUGACCGACACCGUGCAGGAGUGGCUGGUGAACAGAGGAAGUAAUCUGGGCUUGGAAAUCAGCGUGCACUGCCCCUGCCACACCUUCAGCCCCAACGGCGACAUCAUCGACAACGAGAACGAGGUCCUGGACGUGAAGUUCAAAGGCGCGGACGGCGAGGAGGAGAGUCGCUUGGACCUCGGCCACCUGAAGAGGAGCACGGAACGGAACGUGCCUCACCUCAUCCUCAUGAUGAUCCCGCCUCACCGCCUGGACGCAAAGUCCUCGCACAGACGCAAGAGAGCGCUCGACGCCGACUACUGCUUCUCAAACGCGGAGGAGAGCUGCUGCGUCCGCCGGCUGCACAUCGAUUUCCGGCGCGACCUGAACUGGAAGUGGAUCCACGAGCCCAGCGGUUACGACGCCAACUACUGCUCCGGGCCCUGCCCUUACCUGAGGAGCUCGGACACGCCGCACAGCUCGUUGCUGAGCCUGUACAACACUCUGAACCCGGAGGCGUCGGCGUCGCCGUGCUGCGUCCCCCAAGAGCUGGAGCCCCUCACCAUCCUCUACUACUCGGGGCGGACCCCCAAAGUGGAGCAGCUUUCCAACAUGGUUGUCAAGUCUUGCAAAUGCAGCUGAGGACAAUGGACACCAACACGAGUUGCCUCAGCUCGGCACGGAUUCGAAACGAAUGACUUUUGUUGUUGUUGUUGUUGUUUUUUUUUGGGUGGGGCUUGGUGAAAGGUGCUAAUUUUGAAGCUGGAGAUUUUGAUGAGGGUUUCUAUUUCUUUUAUCUUGUUUUGUCAUUUUUUUCCCUCCAAAUACAAAUUCAGGAAGGAAAAGUGCUGGUGGUCAUCCUGCUCCAAACUGAAAACCAGGAGACGACACCGUAGCAUACAUUCCUUAUUUGUGGCCACGACAUUACGUAUGCCUGCGGAAUGUCAGGAGAUCAACACAACCAAAAUUCUGUCAUCUUGAAAAAGAGGACGAAAAGAGCAGUCAGACCUCCGCCGAGUCUGAACAAUCCAAAUUUGCAUCAGCAAUAAACGGCGGCUUCGGGGUGCGGUCGCUCUCCCACCAGGGUGAAUUUCGUUAUCAUGACAAGACCUGGGUGCAAUUUCAAGUCCGAGAAGUGUUAAAUUGGAAAUUGUGUGUCAGAUCAUGAUGGAAAAAAACCCAAAAAACUUUGAAAUGUGAAAUUUCACAUGAGCUUUCAAGUCAGAAAUUUUGAAUGUGAAAAUUCAUGUCAGACAAAUAUCGAUUGUGUAAUUUCACAAUUUUAACACAACGUUUCAAAUCAGAAUUUUCCAAUGUGAAAUUUCAAGUCGGAAUUUUUGAAUGCAAACAUCUCAUGCUAAGCAACCGUUUCACCAAUGUUGUCUUCAACUUUGUCAAAGUGAAUGAGUUGAUGCAAUUUUUGGCCCAUGUUGAGCUAUCAAAUGAUGUCACAAACAUGCAAAAUGUACAUUUGUUACAAUUCCAAACGCAGCCUGCACACGAGCGCGUGGUGACAAAACUAAUAGCUCACGGCCUAAUUAUCUCCGUAAAGGCAGAAUUGUUGCUACCGCGCUUGUAUUGUGAACAGAUAAGGGAUUAAGGCUCUCCACAGGCUGGAUCAUUCAUCUAGAAGGUUCUUUAUAAGGUUCCUUUCCCGUCAAGAAGCAGCGGACGUUAUCGUCAAACGUCAAAGGAGAAGCGACCGACAAAAAGCCAAAAGUUGGCAAGUCCACGGAACGCCGGAGAUGCGAGCGAGCCGACGGACGCUUAUUACCAACGCUGACGAUGACGACGACGACGACGGCGAUGACCUGCGUUUGACCUCUCCGGAUAUCGUUGGGCGACACGGCAGUGUCGCGCAAUCACAUUUUAAGGGAUUGUCCAGUUACGCAAGUGAUCGGAAUUGCGUCACGCACGUCGAACCGUUCCGUCUUCGGCUUAUUCUCGCACAGCAAACGUCUCGCUCGUGUCGCCGUCACGUCUUGUUUUCAUCGUCACGUUCUGCCCAUCCGUCUUCCCCGACGCCUCCGUGGAAUAAAAAAAACAAAACAACAACAACAAAAAAAACAAAGAGCCGUAAGAGGGCGCUUAGUCGGGUUUGUGGGGGCGCCAAUGUUCUUUGAUUUGUUGCUGAUGAUUGUUAUUCAAAUAAA